AUGGCUUUUCAAGCGAAGAAUCCUCUUGUGGUGGAAGCAACUGCGUUAUGGGAGGGCUAUAAGUUUGCUGAGGAAUGGGGUCACAACAUGGUUUGUUUCAAGUCGGAUUCUCAGGAGCUUAUCAAAAGUGUUUGUGGCUCUUUUGGUAGAGGGAGUUGGACUUUGUACCCAAUUCUUACCCUCAUCCGCGAUGAGCAACGGUGUUUUGAAGGGUGCGGGUGGAAUUGGACCACCAGGAAUUGUAAUCAAGCGGCGGAUCAUCUUGCGUCGUUGGCACUAUCGAGGAGGAGUACGGAAAUUUGGGUUGAACGACCCCCCACCUCUCUUGUACACAUUCUCUGUAAGGACGGACUCCCUUGUCCUCACCAUGCUUAA